GAGCCUGGCCACGGGCUUCACAUGAACGAGUUGGGGCGCGAGAACCUGACGGAGGCCAUCCAGCGCGAGCUGAUCGCGUACCAAAAGUUCAUUCACACGGAGACCAAAGACAGGGGCUGGGACGGCAAGGAGAUAGAUAACAGCAAGCAGGACGGCGACGAGGACAGCCAGUGGUCGUUCGCCAGCGCAUUGCUGUACGCCAUCACCGUCAUGACGACGAUCGGCUACGGUCACGUGGCUCCCAAGACGUCCUCGGGGCGGAUAGUGACCAUCGGGUACGCCGUGCUGGGGAUACCCUUGACCCUGCUGUGCCUGACCAACAUCGGUGACGUCAUGGCCACCGGCUUCCGGCUGCUGUACGGCAAAGUCUGCUGCGGUCUGUGCUGCAAGCUCUUCAAGCCCAGCCGCCGGCGCCGCCGCGUUCCCGACGCCGAGAAAGGAAUGGCGCGACAAGUGAUGACGUCAGAGGAACCGGAAGUGGACAAGCCGAAGGAAGUGAUCCAGGUGCCGACGUCGCUGUGUUUGCUGCUCAUCGCCGGAUACAUCUUCGCCGGCGCUUUGCUCUUUUCGCUGUGGGAGCAGUGGGACUACUUGACUGGCUCUUAUUUCUGCUUCAUCACCCUCUCCACCAUCGGUUUCGGGGACAUUGUACCCGGGAUGGACAUCAACGCCUGGUCCAAGGAGGAGAAGCUGGUCCUGAGCGCCCUCUAUCUCAUCUUCGGCCUGUCUCUCAUCGCCAUGUGCUUCAACCUCGUGCAGGAGGACGUGAAGGCCAAGUGUCGCUGGCUGGGGAUGAAGAUCGGCAUCAUCGACAAACCCGAGCCACCCGUAUAGCGACACCCGAGCUUUUACCUGUUGGUGCCAUUCGGUCAAAUCUGUCGACUCAGCAACAUUGUGAGAAGCUGAGCCACGACCUGCAUCCGGGCAGCAGGGGACGUCACUUCAUGUCCCAAUAUCCACUAAGGAAAGGUAAUUUUGCCAGUAAACAUGGAAGAAGUAGUUUGGGCAAGUCACCCAGGACAGGUGGGUGACACAAAGAGGUCACUUUACGUAGGUCAAGGACGAGUCCAAAGCUCCGCCGCUGAUAGGCUGUCCGUGGUGGGCGGGGCUACAGGAGGACUCUGCAGGUGCUUGUCUCACAGUGACAGGUGACGCAACCUGAGUGAAGGAUGCAAACCCCAGAGGGCUCCAGACUGCCCAGACUUCCCUCCCCUGCCGCCUUUUACCUGACGUUAAAUAACCCUUGACCUGCCCUCUCUUCGGGCCAAGGUCACUUAAGCUAGCCAACCUUGAAGUAAGCCGACGGAGGUCAAGGGCAUUCCGAGAAAAACAAAAAUUCUGGAAUGUGAUGACCGUGUGAGAGGUCAAAGUGCAGAAAACGCUGCCUUGACGAUUUCACACCGACUAUUGCUUGUAGCCACAAACAUGUUUAUACAGUACAGGACACGAGAAGAAAUUUAGGAUUAAUGACAGAGAGAAGAAGGAAAGGAAACGGGUUCCCGAGGUGGAGCAGCGUGUACCAUCCGGGAACGUGGAGAGGAGAAGUCGGGAAAAAAAUGGCGACAAAACAACCCGACAACAUAGAAUCCACUAGUGACAGAGGUGACACAGACUAGCCUGCUAGUGCCUGAGGUGACACAGCAUAGCCUACUAGUGCCAGAGGUGACACAGAAUAGCCUACUAGUACCAGAGGUGACACAGCAUAGCCUACUAGUGACAGAGGUGACACAGCAUAGCCUACUAGUGCCAGAGGUGACACAGCAUAGCCUACUAGUGCCAGAGGUGACAGAAUAGCCUACUAGUGACAGAGGUGACACAGCAUAGCCUACUAGUGCCAGAGGUGACACAGCAUAGCCUACUAGUGCCAGAGGUGACACACAAUAGCCUGCUAGUGCCAGAGGGUGGACUACCAUUGGUGCACGAGCAGACACCACAGAGGGAGAUGACGACUGGUGUCUCCGAGGCACUGAAACUGGAGUGAAAUGACUGUUACGUGGAUGUCAACAGAAGGUACACUGACUGUUUAUCAGUAGAUGACAGUGAGCUAACAGUAACUCAUCAACUCGACAACAACUACGGUGAUAAACUGAUUUACCUGCAAUCGGCGGAGGACAUGACAGUCGCAAUCAGUCUUUUGUUUCUUUACGCAGUGAGGAUGUUUUGUUUUCUUCUUUUAUUUACCUGUUUCUAAAUAAAUAAGGGAGCUUAAUUACAGCUUAAAAUGAAUGAUGAUCGUUUUCAAGAUGACCCGAGGUCAGCUAGCGCCAAUCAGUUAAACUACUUUAAGUGUUUCCGUGUCACAUGACGUGUCACGUGACUGCUUGUUGUGUUUGUCUCGAUGACAACCUUGCUCUGUUAGCUGCCAACUGUUUGUUUGACCACGUGUUCACCUGGGUAGUCACUGAAAGAUUUCAAACCCUCCUUUUCUUGAGCAGAAGAUAUCAUUACAUUUAUAAUUAUCUUGUCUGUUGAAGAUUAUAAGCAGGUCACCCAGUCGGUAAUGAUGUAAACAAAGUCGUCAACACUUGUACUUGUGUGUAUGUGUACUUGUCUACCUGUCAGGCGAAGAGCUCAAGUAUAGAAGCAUCUUUGUUUUGUUGCUAGUCUCCACGAGCGCCCGAGUUUAACAAAUGUCCCACAAUAAGACGAAGAACAUACACAGUUGGAAAAACUUUCUACAACGGAAAUGUUGGAGAAGUCACGUGAUGAUGUUAUGUCUGACAGCCACUGAGACCUUCAGCUGGACACGCGCUGCAUGGAACCGUGGAGAAGCUCUGAGACAAAAUGAAAAAAAAGAAACAUUAUUGUGGGGUCAGUUUAGACUUAGAGGAAGAAAACAAAUACAGAACAAUUGUAACAAAACUGUAAACAUUUCACAGAUCACACUGGUGUUUGUGAAAUGAACCGAGUGACAUGUGGACAUCGCCAUUGUCUUCUUCCCGUCGUCUUCAAUGUUAUUUAUGCUUUGAAUUCUUGUGCAUUUUGUCCGCAUGUAUUAUUUUAUUUUGAUUUGUACUUCUGUCAAAGCCCAUUUCUGCAUUUAGGGUAUCAUACAGGUACUUCACUCACGGCCUACUGUCUACAUUUUACUUAGCAUAUAUCAAAGUUCACACAUGAUUUCUUUCAGCCCGCUCUCUGAGUAAUACUCAUUAGUAACAGCAAGCACGUGUUCAGUAAGACAUCAAAGCGAGGCCAUCUGUCAUCCUCCAUGAGACAUCAGUUCCCCAGUCCUCCGUCUGUAGUUUCCGUUGCUAUCCAAGCAAAUUGUACACAGACAUCAACACAGACAUCAACAACUCUUAGGGACAGAGUUGUGAACGACCGUUACCCGUCACAGUCGUCAUACAGAAAUACUGACAACCAUGGACAUUGCAAUGAGAGCUUUAAUCUCAUGUUCACUUCUAUAACAUGGCUUCCACUCUCUCCUUAUCGCCGCUCAACGAGCCUGUUACCAGUACAGAGAGGAGUAGUUGUCCUGGGUUCAGAUCUCGCCUUGGGCACACUCUUAUUUUCUCUGCAUGUUACAUAUAUUUACAAGUCCGUGUUUACGUGAUUUCACCUUGGUUACUGGCUCCUUGUGUAACACCAACUGCCAGAUUCUCCAAAAGUAUGUAGCACUCAAACAAACAAAACAAAGUUCGCCCGCACACACAUACAGCAAGAUGGUGGAGAUGAGGGUAAAGAUAGCCGGCGUUUGUCGGUCAAGUGUAGUCGCCUCUUUAUCAAAAGUUUCAGGCGUCCCACUUGUCACAUUCUUUAACCUUUAACCCUUUGCCUCAUUGUCACAUCAUUGGCUUUCUCCUCCAGACAGAUCACAUUCCUCACACCACAUCCGGUCACACCAGCCAAUCACAAAGUGAUGCCACAGCAACUUCCGCUCCUCCCUGCGCAUGGCUGCCCCACCGUCACCUUGGUUACAAUUAUUCCCACAUUCCUCUAAUGAAGGAGUGAACGAAACAGCGCGAGCGCCGAGGAUGUACAAACAAAUUAAUUAGACAAGAUUUCUGACAGAAUUUCUCGUCUCCGAGUGCAGUCACGUGGUGCGUGCUGCGGGAGCUGUUUGGAAGUCUGGCGAAAGCUUGCAGUUGUUGAUGAUAAACACAUCAAAACAGGACAAAGCCAGACAUUCCCAGCUUGCCUUGCUUCCCAACCUCGAGCUGCGAGAAACUUGUUAUCUCACGAAACCAUUUCCUUCCUCCACCCGAGCGAAGUGAGGAGAAUGUUUGUUUUCAAAUGUCUACAGAGGGAAUCUCUGUCUUUGUACUUCCGACAUCAACACAGCAAGAUGGCGGCUCGCUCUCCGUUGUACUUUCAAGUUUCCGGCAAUGGAAUCUCAGAACUGAACGAUAACUGAUUUAUCAGAGACUUCAACGGCAUGAAGGAACUUUCCUGAAUAAUUGACUUAUUUCUUGAUACAUGGAUAUUCAGUGGGGAAAAUAGGUGGAGGGAGAAAGGGAAGAAAGCGCGUGUGGUUGCCAUGGAAACACAAGUUCAGUGAUGCUAGAGGUUGAUUCAAACAAAAUAUAAUGGAAGAAAAAGGUUGUAGUCAGUGGACCAUCCACACUGACAAAGAACUGUUGACACACAACCACGAGUAUACUCUGUACUCGUGUAAGAACAACAACAACAACAACAACAACAACAACAACAACAACAACAGUUGCUAUGGAAAUAAAUGAAGCAGAACUUGCAAGUCCCAUGACGUCAGCACAUGAACUCCACACGCAUCUCCGCAGCCGUCUGUUAGAAGCAAACACCUGUCAACAAUCAACAAUACCUGUUGACAUCAGACAUCAGGCAUGUUUAUUCAUUUGCUCACCCAGGAUGUGACAUGUGACACCCAGGGUCCUCCGAUAGUCGUCCCUCUUCCCCAUCCACCCUUGCCAUCUCUCCAUCCGUCUUUCGUUGUCGUCAGCAGCUCUACAUCACGUGGACACGUGGACAUGUUCACUUCAUCCAUUGUUUAUGUCUGCAUCGAUGUUGACAACACAAUUGGAGAUUCAAACGAAAUAGCGACCCCCACUGACUGGCAGACACGAUGACAAGUCAACUGAAAGUCACAAACCCUCGAUGACAGUCCAAACAAGAAUUCGAUGAUAAAGGAAGGAAGAGAGGGAAUAAAUGAUAUUUGUGUUACUUAUCGCCAUUUCUGGCUUAGAUAGAUAAUGUCUGUGACUGUCUCACAACAUCUGCCAUCUGCCGAGCUGUCGCCUCCGUUAUUUACACACUCUCGACCAACAGUCAUCGCCUCAUACACACGCGUCAGACAGUCUGUACCCGGGACUGGAGUCCGAGGUACAAAACCACCCCGUCUGUCCCUAGACAUAACCAUGGGUACAUAGUCUCAUUUCGGGUAUUGUCUAGCUUCCCGUGGUCCUUCUCGAAAGUGACGUGAGUGAGUGAGUGAGUGAGUGAGUGAGUGAGUGAGUGAGUGAGUGAGUGAGUGAGUGAGUGAGUGAGUGAGUGAGUGAGUGAGUGAGUGAGUGAGUGAGUGUGUGUGCGCGCGUGCACGACAUUUUGUGGACACACCCGUAUGUACCUGUAAGCGCGGUUAUCCUCCAUUGCUGUAUACCCCAUUAACAUGUGAUGUCAUAUGUUAAAUGCUCUAUUUAUUCGCAAUGUGAGUUUUGUGAUUACAGUUAGGAGCGACUAAUCACCCAGUAAUUACUAUUUAUAGUAGAGACUCUCAACUGUACAAACAGUAAUUAUAAAUAAUAAUAAUUUACAUUAAGCGACAGCAAUGCAAAGUGCAAUUAGUUUAAGGUUGUGUUUUCUACGAUGACAUUUGAAACAGGAGAGUGAGAGAAAGGGAAAGAAUGAAUGAUUGGAAUCUUUACCAGAAGCUAAUUAAUUAACUAAGAUCCUGUCGACAGGACAGGAGAACAUAUCAUGAGUCAGUGCGAUCCUGUGUGGAGGCGUGAGUAGUCAUCACCAUCACUGUAUGCGCGUGGACUGUGUGACACGUGGUUCACCUUACAAAAUGCUGUCCCCACCCCACCAGUAGAGGAUUAUGUUGAUGUUGAUGUUGACAAAGACUCAUCACGGACGACGUUGUUAUCAACGACAGCUGACGUCAUCAGCGGUUUACCUGUUGUGCGUGUGUUGUAACGAGAACCUCAACGAACCCUCCGCGCGUCGUGCGACACCUGUCGUUUGUCUUGUACUGAAUGUGACUGCUGGAACAAUAUACAAUUCGACUACUA